AAGAAAAGUUAGAUAAACAAAAUCCUCUUACAAAAAUAAAGAAAGACUUUAUGCAAACUCUUGAACUUCAGAAAGCCUCUCGAAUCUCAUCUUUCAAAGAAACAACUUGGAAGGAAAAACUUAAUAAUAUUUUGAAAAAACUUUCUACUCAUGCCAAGUCAAGAGAAAAUCAGAUCAAAACUUUUGAAGCUUACUAUUAUUUGGGAACCCUUAUUCAAGAAAAUGAAUCUAACCAGGAACAGAUUAAAAAAUGA